AUGCUCAUAUGUGUAAUAACAAUUCAGCAAAUUAUCAAUGAUAUAACUUAUACACCGCAAGCACGUAUCGGUUUAAUAUUCAAACAGAUUAAAAAAUUGAAUUCAUUAACAAACAGUUAUCUAGGCUGGGAAUUAUUACAACGUUUAGCUAAUAUUGCAGCAUAUCUAGAUCCAAAUACGCUUGUUAACGUAUUUGAUGAAGAAAUCAGUCAAGCUGAAUCAUUAAUUAUUAGUGAAACUAAAGCACUUCGUGGCAAGCCACAACAGCAAAUUACAACUUCAACACAGUCACAACUGCAACAGCAACAACUUGCAUCAUCAUCAUCAUCCUCCGUUCCAAAUAUGAAACGUUCAUUAUCAAUUGUGGAACGGUUCAAAAAUGCCUGUAAUAUAUUACAUCGGCAACAGAUAUACUUACAUCAAAUCCAACACGAACAGUAAAACCACUAUGUCUUAAAGAAGAGUUUAGUAUGUACAUGUCAACAUAUAAACAGUCAACAGAUUGUGAAACAUUUUGGAAUCAAAAGCAACAUAUGUUACCAAUUUUAACAUCAUUUUUAAGGCGUUAUAGUAUUAUUCUAGCGACGUCAGUCGCCUCUGAAUCAACUUUCUCCGUCGCUGGCUAUGUUCACCGCAAACAACGGUCUUCUCUAUCACCAACUACACUCAAGAUAUCUCAUGUUGUU